CCGUGGGGUACAAGCACAGCCACAGAGUGAAACCGGCUCUGUGGGGAAGGCACAGGGGAGAACGUGAUUCAGACACAGGGAAAUAGGGCAGAGAGAAAGUGGGGAACAGGGAGAGUGAGGGGAAAAAGAGGAGACUGGGAGAGGGAGAAAGUGCGGAAAGGUAAGCUCCCUUCAGUUCUCAAAAGUGUAAGUGGGAGGGAGAACAGGGGAUCGUGAGCGAUGGUCUAGUGACACCAAGAAUAAGGCACCAGGGAAGUGAGAGACUCUGGACCGGGUACUGGACGAAAUGCGAUGGAGAGACCGGAGAUCCGGGUCCAGGCCCAGCGCAUCUGCCGGCAGCAAAACAAGGAGGAGUCUGGUUGCAGGUAAUUGUUGUCUUCAGUAACAUGGUGACCAUGCACAGGAGCCUGGAAAAUUUUCCUUUCCCUGCGAUGUCUUCUGCAAUAGUUUGGAUGUUCUUUAGGCGAGCAUGUGUUUCAAAGCUUAUGGACCUGUUAUAUAUCUGCUUCUGUCUGACCACGUUGAGUUCAUUUACAAGUGCAAGUACAGAGAACUGUUGGACAGUAGCGAAUCAAAGAGGGAUGCUUGUACAAAACAGACGGGAAAGUCAAUUUAUGGAGGAAGCCAGUUCUAUUCAGUCUUGCAGAGACGCCUGCUGUCGGAGAUGCCAUUGUAAUGUGGCAUGGCUACUGGAAGGAAAGUGUUACCUUUUGGACUGCAGACUACAAGGAAGCUGCCAGCUUGACCAAACAGACAAUUCCAACUCUAUUCUAAUAUUUAUUUCUAAACUUCUGCCUUGUGGGGAUUCACAGAGUUCCAUGCGCAGAAUUAUAAAAAAGAAUUUUCUAGCCAGGGCUAGAACUCUUAAUUUGACCAGAAUUAACAGAAGACCAAUUACAGACCAUUCUGGAAAUUCUUUGGUAGCAAAGAAAAGUAACAUAUUUACCAGGACAAGACGUGUGGUAUCCGCACCCUCUGAUAGUCUUGUGAAAUUUUCACAAGUCGAAAAUUCUACUUCGAAACAGACGCAAACAGCACUGCUUAUUGAUGACAAUGAGAAAUUAAGUCCAUUUGGAAAUGUAGAACAGCAAAGCACUAACAAUUUAACAUCACUACAAAAUGCAGAAAAAGAUGGACAGCCCUAUAAAAAAAGUCUCAAGGAAAAUAAUAACACUGUGAAUGGCCAAGGUACUGAACAAUCUGCUCCCAUUUUAGAUGAACGAAACUUAACAGUGAUGCAGACUCGGCACCCUGAGAUUGCUAAAGGAACCUCGUGGCCAAACACUGUCCCUUUGGUUGUUCCUCCUGAUUCUAAAUUGUCUACUCCAUCAUCCAGUCAGAAAUGGAUGCAGAUGAAUACAACAAAUGACAGUAUAAAUGGGACAUUCUCAGUGGUCACUGUUACAUCCCCACCUCUGAAUACCACUGCUGUAACUCAUGCAUCCAGUAUCACAAGUGCCACUAUAGUGGUAAAGGAACUGGUUGUUUCUGCUGGGAAUAGCGUGGAGAUAACUCUGCCAACGGAUAAGGUUGAUCUGAAUGCCUUUGUGUUGCCAAUUUCCCCUGAAGGCACAAGCUAUAAGUAUGAUUGGCAACUGAUUACACACCCACAUGACUACGUGGGAGAAAUGGAAGGUCAACAUUUAAAGACUCUUAAACUCUCCAAACUUUCAGUUGGUUUCUACAUGUUCAAGCUAAUUGUUCAAGGAGACAAUGCAUAUGGAGAAGGAUCAGUGAAUGUGACUGUUAAACCAGCACCUCGUGUAAAUCAAUUGCCAGUGGCUGUAGUCUCUCCAAAAAUGCAAGAGAUCUCACUGCCAACAACAUCUACUUUUAUUGAUGGGAGCCAAAGCACAGAUGAUGAUAAAAUCAUAAGUUACCAAUGGGAGGAGCUGAAGGGUCCAUUGCGAGAGGAGAAGGUGUCAGCAAGUACUCAGAUAUUAAAGCUGACUAACUUGGUCCCAGGAAAUUACACUUUCAGCUUAACAGUUGUGGAUUCUGAUGGCGCUAGCAACUCAACCACAGCGUAUGUUACUGUGCAUAAAGCAGUGGAUUAUCCACCUGUAGCUAACGCUGGUGCAAAUCAGGUCCUUACACUGCCCAAGAAUUCCAUCAUGCUCUAUGGCAAUCAAAGCACAGAUGACCAUGGUAUUGUCAGCUAUGAGUGGUCCUUAAGUCCAAAAAGCAAGGGCAAGGUGGUUGAAAUGCAGGGUGUACGAACAUCAUCACUCCAACUAUCAGCAAUGCAAGAAGGGGACUAUAUCUUCCAACUAACUGUUACAGAUUCAGUAGGCCACCAGGCCACCGCUGAGGUGAUGGUUAUAGUACAGCCAGAAAAUAACAAAGCCCCAGUAGCAGACUCAGGACCUGAUAAAGAGCUGACACUCCCUGUGGACAGCACAACAUUGGAUGGCAGCAAAAGCACAGAUGACCAGAAGAUUACAUCCUAUCUUUGGGAAAAAACAAGUGGCCCAGAUGGUGUGAAAAUUGAGAAUGCAGACAGUGCUAUUGCUACAGUAACAGGUCUCCAGGUUGGGACAUAUGAGAUUACACUGACGGUGAAGGAUGAAAGAAACCUUGAGAGUCAUGAUUCUGUUCGCAUCAUUGUGAGGGAAGAAAUUAAUAAGCCUCCAGUUGCUAAGAUAGCAAAGAAUGUUGUGAUAACCCUUCCUAAUAACACAGCAAUGCUUGAUGGAUCAAAAUCAUCAGAUGAUAAGGGGAUUGUCAGCUACCUGUGGAUGCGGGAUGAGAGCAGUCCAGCAGCUGGAGAUGUGCUGAAUAACUCAGACCACCAGCCUGUGCUUUUCCUAUCCAAUUUGGUUGAAGGACUUUACACAUUUCGUUUAAAAGUAACUGAUGCAAAAGGAGAAAAUCACAUGGACAGAGCAACUUUGGAAGUUAGACCAGAUCCCAGAAAAAAUGACCUUGUAGAAAUUAUCUUGGACGUCAGUGUCAGCCAGUUAACUGAGAGGCAAAAGGGCAUGCUAAUCCGGCAAAUAGCUGUCCUACUUGGGGUCCUUGAUUCAGAUAUUACUGUACAAAAAAUUCAGCCCUACACUGAACAGAGCACGCAGAUUAUUUUCUGUGUAAGGAAUACGCAAGUACAUCAGGUAUUGAAGGGACAGGAAGUUGCUCGCAUACUGAAGAAUAAAUUUCGGAAACAGAAGUCAGACUUCCUAAUUUUUCGUGCUCUCCAAGUCUCUACAGUCAUUUGUCAGUUGAAUUGCUCAGACCAUGGUCGGUGUGAUUCUUUCAAUAAGCGCUGCAUCUGUGACCCAUUCUGGAUGGAGAACUUCAUUCGAGCUCAUCUGGGAGAUGGAGAAAGUAAUUGUGAAUGGAGUGUGCUCUACGUUAUCAUAGCUGCAUUUGUCAUACUGGUCUCUAUUGGCAUUUUAGUUUGGAUGGUCCACUGCUUCUGUAAAAGACGAAAAGGAAAGCCUCGAAGAAAAAGCAGAUAUAAAAUAUUAGAUGCAACAGAUGAUCAUGAAAGUCUGGAAUUUAAGAUUACUUCUAAGCCAGUUGGCAGGCUGAAAGCUCCAGCACAGAACACCAGCUUAAUGGUUUCGGAAUCUGAACUUGACAGUGAUGAAGCUAUCUUCACCUGGCCAGACAGAGAGAAAGGGAAAUUACUGCAAAACCAGAAUGGAUCAAUCCACAAUGGCCAAAUAGUUCAAAAAAGUAAGAAACAAAGAGAAGAAGUCCUAUAACUGGAAUCUACUUGCCAGACUUGUAAAAACUAUAGAUCUAGGGUAGAACCUGUCUCCCAGUAUUACACUGUCUCUGCUCAGUAAAACAAAGAUUAAUCUGAAGCAAUAGUGACUGCUGCAUGGAGAGUGUGGAAUCCCCGUGGAAUGAGUCAGUUCGGUAGCCCAAUUCGUAAAUUGAUCCAUACCAGUUUAACAGAACUGGUUUCUCACUUGAAGGCCAGAGAAAAAGACACCGGCAAGAUGCAAACUGGCUAUAAAAACUGUUUUUUGAUAUGAUUGCCACCUGUAGCAUUUCAUUAAUUUCUGAAGCUGAAAUAUUGGGUGCAGGCUGUCUGCACUUUUGUGGUUUUGAUAUCUUGUGUUCCCAGUGAGACACCCACUGGAAAUCAAUUGUAUUGCAGCAUGAAGGAAAUCCUGAAGAACCAAAAAUGUGGAGAACACACUGGAUGUCCUGUGAAUUUUAAUUAUCACCUGAGAUAUGCAUAUGACCAUUUUCUUCAGGUCAAUGACUUGAUAAGUAACUGAAGUCUGUGGAAAACUAAAUACUGUGAUAUUAAACACUAUCCUGUAAUACUGGAUAAAUUGCAAUGAACUUUCACCUUUCUCCUGUUGAAGAAUUAUCAUGCAGGCGAGCACAAAGGGGAUUUGCUAUUUUCAUGUGUUGUUUUAUGUUAACUCCUGUGUAGAAAGUUGCACAACUGGUAAUGACCCUAAGUCAUUUUAGCUUUAUACUGAUUCUCACUGCUUGCAUUUUUUGUUAAUAUUGGGAAUGUGUUGCUUUCAAAACCUUUUAUUCAUGUGAAAUAUUAACAGGGUGUUUUUUUUAAAUUUAUUCUUUGAUGGGAAGGAACUGCUUUGUAAUGUUAUUCCCUUUUGAUUGAAGGUCAAUAUUUGCUGCUGGGUUGUUUUACUUUUAAUAAAACCCGAGUCUUCCUUUUAAUACACUGGCACCAGACCACAUGUUAACACUGGUGAAUGAUCCAAUUGGUAGUAACUUGAUAUCAUAUAGAUUAAUAAUGUAAUGAGAAAGUGUUAAUCUCCCCCAAUAUAGUGCCUACCAGUAACUGAGAUAACAUUUUAACUUUUUGAAAUGUACCUUUUGUACACCAGCAAACAAACUGCUGUGCUGCCGAUAAUGAAAUACAUGCUUUAAAUUAACUAUGUACCUUAAAUUAAAGUGGCAAAAAUGUGGCAAUGUGAUAUCUGUUCUAUAUAAUGUUCAGUGCAAAUUUAUCAAGAAAACGUUUUGUUGAGCUAAUCUCUUCGAGCAGGACCACUAUGUUAGAUGAUGACUGUAAGUCACUAAAUUUUGUGUUAUGUAAUUAAUAUUUUGCUCUGCUAACACUUGAAGAAUUUAAAAAUAAAAUGUGGUAGAUGCUGGAUCCUUCAACACUGAGCAGGUCAGCUGCAGCAGUUAAUAUUUCAGGUUGUUGCCCCUCUAGAGGACUGAAAACUUGGUGAACUGAAACAUUAACUGUUUUUCUCUCUGUUGAUGCUGGCUGACUUGCUAAGAGUUUCUAGCGUAUUCUGUUUUAACUUCAUGCCUCAGAAACUUGUUGAAACCAUUGUCCUGUUGCUGGGCACCACUGCUCUGCUGUCAGGUGAAAUGUGGGCUCCAAAAAUCUCACAACAAUAAUGUAAUAUGGAUUGUUUAAUUACAGUGAUAGGAGUGACAUGCUUUAUGGAAAAGUCAUUCAAACCAAAUUUGGAAUGAUGUGUAUGGAAAUGAGCCACAUUUGGCAUGCUUGCAGAUAUUUUGGUGUUUGUACUCUGAGCUCCAUUUUUAAAACCUGCUAUGGGAUGCUGCUGAUUUGUGUUACUUAGCUGUGCAUCCAAAAAGAUUCCAAGCUGGUGGUGUAUGCUGGAAGAACCAUAACAGCUUGCUUCAGUUGUCGUCUGGUUGGGAAGAGGAAUGUUAUUCAGAUAAUCCUGAAUGAGCGCAUAUACGGAUUAGUUUGAGUUUAGUGAUGGUGCCUUGCAUAUAAUAUCAAAAAACUGCUGAUGUCAAGUGGAGGCAAAAAAAAAAUUGCACUAGAGAACAUAUAUUCCCAUGUGGUUCAAAAACACUGGGUGGUAUUGCAUACUCAAAAGCACUAGAAAAAGAGAAAUUUGAUAUUCUAGUUAGCAAAGACUGCUGUAUGUCACAUGUGAAUGGUUGUAGAUUGAAGAAGGCCCAGAAGCUAACAUCCAAGAAGGAAGUUUAAUGCCUGUUGAGAUUCAUUGAAAUUUUUCAAGUGCAGUUACUUGUAAUGUGGAGCAUUGUGGCAGCCAAUUUAUCACAGUAAGUUCCCAUGAGCAUCAGGAUACAUGGCCAGAUUUUUUAAAAUUAAUAUGUGUAGGCCAAGAGAAACUUCAGAACAUUGGAAGAACACUACAUCUCAUAACACCCAUGGAUUUUUUUUUCCACCUCAAGACAGCAGAUGUGGCUUCAAUUUAAGAAAUUAUCCAAAAGAUGAUGCCUCCAAAGUUGCACUUUUCUGUUUCCAUGGAAGAGAUGCACUCUUUUUUGCUCAUGUUUUGGAAAGGAGUUUGCUGCCAUUGAGGCAAGGUCAGCAGCACAAAUAUCCAGUGAUGCCAUUUUUGAUCAGAUAACAAGGGAGGAGGAAAUUUCUAAACUUGGUUCAUAUAAAGUAUAUGAUUUACCUGCUUGGUGAUUAAGUUUAAUACAGGAAUCCACAAUUAAUUUUAUCCAUGAUUUACCUGGUUAUUGGGUGCAGCUUUUCUCCAUGUGGGAUUGGUAAGGAAGGACUAGGUGUUUGUAUUCAUUGGCAGCUUGGCAUCGCAUCAGCUCAUCAUUGCCAGAAACACACUUUCACUCAUUCAGGCCACAGAGUAACAACAAUCUUCAAACAAUUUAUCUACCACUUUAGCAGAUGAAGGAUAUAAUGGACAAAUGGAUUUGUUGAUAUUGGUAUCAUUUCAGAGUUGGCUUACAAUUGCUCAUUAUGAUAUUUUAUAAAUAUUGAUAUUUAAAUCUGAUUUGAAGGUGAACUUUUAAUAAAUGUCACACUGGUGGGGGAUUAAUGUGAUCACAAAGUGCUUAUAAGUGGACUGCUUUUGAACCUGCAAACUUGAUGUAGAAUGGUUAUACCAAGAGGCUAAUUAUUCAUGUCAUGAAGCUGGCUAACCACUAAAUGACAUUAAAGGUGUAAAGACUGAGAAAGCUUGCACAGUUGUAGGGAAAGACAAUUGUAUCACUCACCCUUGCUUGUAAAGCAUACACUGUUUUGGAGAGUUGCACUAUGCACCAGCAUUUGCGUCUGUGAAAAUGUUUGAGUGGUUCAAUGUUUUUUGUUUACUUUUGUGAAGCAUGGCUAGUGCUUUGACAAGUAACUGGUUGGUCUCUGAGAAUAAGCUGAUCAGUUGAAAUAAGAUUUUUUUUAAACAAAAGUAGUAAAUUGACAGAUAUUUAAAUGUCGCCAAUGCUUAAAUUUGAUUUUGCAAAGGAAAAUAACUAAUCAUUUGUUUUAUAUUAGCUCCUUGUUUUGAUGUGCAAUAAUCCAGGAGGCUGUAUGAUGGUGAAAAUGACAGUGACAUGAGAGUGUAGUUUCUGCAAAAUGGAAGGACAGUGCAUCAACACUUGAUUUCUCACCACCACUACCCCAACUCCCACCACCCCACCACAAGUAACGGAAUUGGAUAGGAAGGAUGUGAUUAAGCUAGAGAUGGUGCACAAAAAAUUCACUAGGAUGUUGCUGGGACUGGAAGGCUUGAGUUAUGAGGAGGGACUGGAGAGGGGACCAGUCCCCCUCAGGACAGUCUGAAGGGUGACCUUUAUAGUGGCCUAUAAAAUCAUGAGGGGCAUAAAGAAAUGGAUUGUCAUUUUUUUCUCCCCAAUGUAAGGGAGUCUAAAAUUAGAGGGCAAAGGCAUAGGGUGAGAAGAGAAAGAUUUUAAAGGGCACCUGAGGGGUAAGUUUUUCCACACAGAGGUGGUGGGUAUAUAGAAUGAGCUGCCAGAAGUGGUAGAGGUGGGUACAAUUAGUGUUUAAAGGACAUUUGGACAGGUACAUGGAUAGGAAAGGUUCAGAGGGACGUGGGCCAAAUGCAGGCAAAUGGGACUAGCUCAGGAAGGCAACUUGGUCGGCAUGGACGAGUUGGGCCAAAGGGCCUGUUUCCAUGCUGUAUUGCUCUAUGGCUGAGUAAUUUUAUUAGGAACACUUAAUUCGGAUUAUUUCCUUGGUUGUAUAUGGCCCAUCUCCAUAUGACAAGAAACAAUAUGUUUUCCCUUGUAUUUUUUUUUAUUCCUAAUGGGUUAUUUUAGUCAACUUCCCUUCUGGAGAUACUGAGCCUAUCCCGGAUAGCUGUGAUAUAUCCUCCAUGGAACUUUAUCUUUUGUCAGUUUGUUUUUAUUGGCUGUGCUUGAUUUUAUUUCUUAAAUAUGAAGGGUGUAAUACUAAAUUGUAUCUAGGUAACAGUACUCCAUUUCAAAAUGAAUUUUGAUAGAAUAUUCAAAAAUUUACAAACUAUACAUUGCAUUUAUGUAUGUAACAUUUGUGUAGUGUUUGUUAAAACUCAUUGAAAGGCUUAUGUUGAUAAAGUGGUUAAUAUGUUUGAAAGCUUUGAUUGUUGUAGAGCCAGCAAUUUUAAAAUGCCUCUAAUCUGGAUGAAAUUGAAAAUCUAGAUUGAAUAUCUGAAUUUAAAUGAAAUAGCAUACAUUUAUAGACAGAGCCACAACUAAGUAUUUCUUGGGUUCUUGCAAUUUAUUGAACAAGUGCAUUGUAAUACAAAUUGUUUUUGUUCAAUAUUCUUCAGAUAUCCAAUAUAUUUCUACUCCAAUGUCUUUCUGGACAACAAACUUGUCAUUACAUAAUGCAUACAAAAUUGUUUGUCAACGCUUGAAGUUUUAUUAUUAUUUCUGCAAUUUUUACGUUAAAUUGGGAAUACAAUUUGAAAUAUUUUGGUCAAUCGCAUCAUGUAAAGAAAAAAAACAGAUACGUUGUCACAUCAGAUCAAAAUUAAAUGUUUGGAAUUGGAAUAGAAUUUGACUUUGAUUUGUAAAGUGAAUUCCCCAUCCACAAGGGCAGCUGUGUUCAAUCUGCCUCAAUAUUUUUUAUACAUGGCCUCUUUGACAUCAAUUUGUGGCUACUGGACUCAGUCAAAAACAGGAAAUUUACAUCUUAAAAUAUAAAGCUUGUUUCAAAUGUAUUAAUUCAUACCUGUAACUGCAUUUUUUUUAUUAUGUCUGUGUACUGUGAUCUGGAUAAAAUCUAGUAUGAAUUGCUUUAAAAAUCCCUUAUCUGCCAAUAAAUGAA